UUUUUAUUUAAUAAUGCAACGGAAUUUAUUUACGAAGCGUUGCGUUCAUACAACAAGAACUUUUGAGGAAGCUAUGAGAGCAUUAUGUGGAUUACAAAGUAAUAGUAAAUAUUUAAAAUUUGCAGAAAAAAGCCAUUCAAAAACAAGCAGAUCUUCUAAAAUAUGUACAAAAAAAUGUUUAAUCCGGUCUGGUAUUACUCUUGAAAUGUUAGAUACCUUAUCAGUCAUACAUGUAGCUGGUACAAAAGGAAAAGGUUCCACUUGCGCGUAUUUAGAAGCUAUUUUACGUGAACAUGGUUUUAAAACUGGAUUUUUCAGUUCUCCUCACUUAGUUAAUGUAAGAGAACGUAUAAGAAUAAAUGGGAAACCAAUAAGUGAAACAGAUUUUACUCAUAAUUUUUGGAAAAUAUAUAAGAAAUUAGAAGAUACAAAAGAAUAUGAAUCUGAUAUGCCUGCUUAUUUUAAUUUUUUAACAAUUCUCAUGUUUAAUUUAUUUUUGUAUGAGCAUGUUGAUGUUGCUAUAGUUGAAGUUGGAAUUGGAGGUUUAUAUGAUUGUACAAAUAUCAUACGAAAUCCAGUAUGUGUGGGUAUAACUAGUUUAGGAUUAGAACAUACUUCUUUACUAGGUAAUUCUCUUGAAGAUAUAGCUUACCAAAAAUCUGGAAUUUUUAAGUCAAAUUCUAUUGCAUUCUCUGUUUCACAAUUACCACAAGUAAUGGAGGUUCUCCAAAAAGAAGCAAAUGAAAAAAAUUGUAAAUUACAUAUUGUUCCAUCUUUUGAUGAAUAUAAAUGGGAAAAUAUUUCACCUCUUUUUCACAUAAGACAUAAAGUUCAACAGGAAAAUGCAUCUCUGGCUAUUCAGUUAGCUAUCAAAUGGAUAUUAUCUAAAACAGAUAGACUUCCAAUCACAUCGAAUAAUUAUAUAAAUAAUAAAAUUUGUAAUAAAUAUGAAGAAAAUACUCAGAUAACUGUGUCUAUGGAUAAGAUUGCAAUAGGUUUAUCUUCUUGUAAAUGGCCUGGUCGAAUGCAAAUUUUAAAUAGUAGUGUUGGUGAUUUUUUCUUGGAUGGUGCACACACAAUUGAAAGUAUCGAGUGUUGUAUUUCUUGGUUUAAUGAUGUAACUAAUAAAAGCAAAGGUCCACGAUUUCUAAUUUUUAAUACAUCUGGUACUCGAGAUCCAAUUAAACUAUUAUUACCCUUAAAGUCUUUAAAUUUUCAUAAAGCAUAUUUUGUGCCAAAUUUUGCAAAAAUUAAAAGUUUAUAUGAUGAAGUAAAUUCUUCAUCAAUAGAUGAACAAAAAAUAAAAUGUGAAAUAAAUUCAAAAAUAUGGGGAGUGAAUUCGGUUGUUGCAAAUAGUGUUUUUGAAGUAUUACAAGAUAUAAAGAAUAAUUCAGAAUCAAAAACUAAUUGCGAAAGAAAUCAUAUACUUGUUACAGGAUCUUUACAUUUAAUAGGUGCAGUUCUUUCUAUUUUAGAUCCAAAUUUAACAAUGAGUACUCAAUUUUAA